AUGUAUGAGAAAUUUGAACAGGGAAAACUUUUACAAGUUAGUUUGCUUGUAAACUUAGAAACAACUCUUCAAGCUUUUCAAGAAAAAAUAAACGAUAUCUAUAUCGAAUAUGCAAAACAGUAUAACAUUGACGAGGGAGAAUACCAUCUCGAUAUUAUUUAUGACAGGAAAAAUGCAACUGUUAAAAUCAAUAGAAUAGAAGACCUUGGAGAAAACGUUUAUAUUUCUACAAAAUAUAACAACUUGGCAUGGUAUAGAUUUAUGAGGAUGUUAAAUCAGCCUGCAGCAUAUCCAGUACACCCAGACUUUUAUGAAGUCGAAAACCCUAAUGGAACAUAUGAAAAUGUUUUCGACCCAGCUGCUAUUAUUGUUCAUGCUUCAUUUUCUGGCGCCCAAAACUCUUUCUUAUGCUUGGCAAAUGA